UUUAACCCGCAGAACGGCAAAGUGCAGCUUUGCACACUCGCGGCUGGGUCAGGCUGCUAAAUGCACUCUUGACACUGUCGCUUGCUUUUUAGGAAUGAAGCAAGUGAACAAAGCAGGUGCCAACGUGCCGGGGUGGCCGAGCGGGCGGACACCACCACCCAAUGUGGGCACCCGCGCCGCUGCUGCUGGGCCCGCUGGCUAUAUCACACCCUUCCGGUCGGCUCAAGCAGCUGACCGUAGCGGCUCCAGUGGUCAACUCGCAAGAUUCUAUCGCAGCACUGCGAACGGCAGAGCUUGGGCCUUGCCAGCCGUCGGGCGCUGGGGCCCCAGCGCCGGGUUCCUAGCGGCGCCUGGACAGGGCCUGCGCUCCCUGCCCCAGCUGCUACAGGGGCCCAGCUUGUGCCCUCGCCAUGCUAGCUUCUACUCGACCAUGGCAGCAGCCGCUAGCAGUAGCGAAGGCAGAGCGAGCAGCAGCGCAUCCGCUGCGGGUGGCAGCUGGCCGCCGCCGCUGGAGCAGUGGCUGGUUGCGCAUGGCGGUGUUGUGAAUGGCGUGGAGCUGCGGCAGGUGCUGUAUCCAUCUGGCGCACGUGACCGGCUGCUGGUGGCGUCCCGCGACCACGCCCCCGGUGACCUGCUCAUCAGCGUGCCGGCGCCGCUGCAGCUCCGGUACGACAACAUAGAGGUGGCGGCGGAGGCGGCAGCAGACGGCAGUGGGUUCGAGGGCGCGUGCCCGAAGGGCCAGGAGGAGGAGGCUGGCGGCAGUGCGUCGCUGAGCAUUCCGCCUGCAGAGGCGGCAGCGCUGUUGCGGCUGUUCGACCAGAUGCCGCGCGGCAGCGACACGGGGGCGCCGGCCUGGCAGUUCAAGCAGGCGCUCACCAUCCUGUACCACCUGUCUCGCGGCGCCGCCUCGCCGCUGCUGCCGUACCUGGCGCACCUGCCCGGCCUGGCGCCCGGUGUGCCCACCCCACGUGUGGCCAUGCUGAUGUACGACAACGCGGUGGACGAGCUGCAGUACGGUACACUGGUGCAGGACAUCCGCAAUCAGAAGUACUGGCUGCGGCAUGUGGGCUGCCACCUGCUGCCGCAACUGACCGGCGGCCAGCAGGAGGCGGAGGGCGAGGGUGUGGCGGCAUCGCAGGGCGUGGUGGAGGGCCCGAUGGCGCAGGGCAGGGCGCAGGAGGGGCCGAGGGCUGCGGCCACGACCUCCGGUCCGAGCCCAUUCGGCGGCCUGGCCGUGGAUGAGGAGUUGUUCGGCUGGGCGGUGGCGGUGGCCAUGUCGCGCUGCUUUGGGCUCAGCAGGGGCCCCCGGCCCACGCACACGUGUGUGCCGCUGGUGGACAUGGCCAACCACGUGGCGCCGCGGGAGGCGUCCAACGCCGAGAUACGCGGCGGCAGAGACGGCCAGGUCGCCAUGUACGCUAAGAAGCAGAUUCGCGCCGGUGACGAGAUCAGCCUUACGUACGGCACACACGACAACCACAACCUGCUGCUGUCGUACGGCUUCACGCUGCAGCCCAACCCCUACGACGGCUUCUACUUUGACCUCAACAUGGAGACAAUCGAGAGCCUGGUGGAGGGCCAGGGCGGCGACCCCGACACCGGCGGCCUGGCGGGCUGGCAGCGGGAGCUCAUCGCGCACAAGCUCGGCCUGGCCGCAGGGGCCGGCGGCCGGGGCGGCGCUGACGGCGGCGCCGAGUCCAUACGCGUGUACCUGUCCGGCGUUGCGGCGGAGGCGGCGCCCAAGGCGGCAGUAGCUGCGGAGGCCCCGGCCGUGGCGGGCUCGGCCGCGGCAGCAUUAGACGACACGCCGGCGGUCGCCACUCCCACCGGCUCCGGGCCGGUGGCGGCGGGGCCUGUGCGGCAGCCCGUGGACCCCCGGCUGUUGGCGGCGCUGCGCAUCGGCACGUUGCAGGACCGGGCGUGGGAGAAGCUGCUGGUGGGACGCAGUGUGGAGCAGAUCGGCGCAUGGAGCUCGCUACUGGCACGGCAGCAGGAGAUCAGCAUCAUGCAGCUGCUUGCGGCUCUGGCCAGCGCCCUGUACAGCUCCUUCCCCACCACCAUUCAGCAGGAUCGUCAGCUGCUGUCCUCGGCGUCCCUAGACGUGGCCGCAGCAGCCGCGGCCGUAACACUCACCACAAAGCCGGCAGCAUCAGCUGUGCCACCAGUGAACCCAGAGGCAGCAGGGGCGGGGGCAACUGCACCGCUCAGCACCACUGCCGCCAUCAGUAACAGCGGCUCAGGAGGAGAAUGGCCGAUGCACCCAUCUCAGCCGGGGUCAGUUACCGGGGCAGCGGCCGGGAGGGGGCCCACUGUAGGCAGCUCCAGCAGCCUCGAUCCCGCGGCGGCGGCGGCGGCGGCCCAUGCUCGGGACGCGGCGGAGGCGGUGCGCUUCCGGCUAGGACUGAAGACUACGUUGGAGCGUAGUCUGCAGGCUGUUGUGGCACGGGCAAAGGAGCUGGACGCCUUGAAGCAAGUGCGGUAGAGGCAUGCCACCGCCUCAGGCAAGCAUGGUUCGGUUGUUGGCUUUGGGCGGGUUGUGCCUGCAGCAUCUGAAGUAUACCGAACUGGUAAUCGCGGGGAACUUUUGGUCCCGUGGAAGUAGGCCUCUGGGCGGUAGGGCAUCCGUGCACGGGCGGGAGGCGGGCCUGGCGAGGCACGGCGAUUGGCGGGCGCGUCGGGGGAGUCACUCUACACCGCCACACACGUUGGUUUGGCUUGAGGAUUAUCCAAGCUUGCGCUCUUCAUAUGCAUGUCUUAAAUAUUACUGGACGCGAGCCCGCGCCGUCAGAGCGCGUUAAAAAUGUGACCGCGUUUCCUUUGUGUGGGCUUUGCUUUGAAGACACGUAUGGAAUAGGUGAUCCCGUAGUUCCGAAGGUGCCGCGGAUCUGAGCUGCAUUGGAUAAUUGAUUAGAUGGCACCAUUGCAUGGCACUCACGCACUCACUAUUCGCCCGCGAUGGGAGUAACACGGGCACCCGCAUUAAGCUUCGCACUUGUGCAUCACACAUAUACACACGGCCAAGGUAGUAAAGCUCUGUCACGCAAUUUCC